AUGGGUACCGUGGUAUGCAAAAGAUGCCAAAGAACAUCAUCAGUGACUCCAUCUACUCGGAAAAUUCGUUGCCAUGGAUGUGGAGACAUCAUUUCAGUUGGUGAUACCGGAGGUUCAGUAUCAUCAUCUCGGGUGUGCAAAUCGACAAACCAAGAUCCACGUUGUAUCGUGAUUGAAGGAAAAGGGUUUCGCAGUUUCUACAGGAAGCUCUCAAGCAAUAUUGUCUGUCCAAGAAACACACCCAGCUUUAAUUUUUGUCCUUCAGUAAGAAUCUCAGAUAAGCCACCCAGAGGGAAACGAGCUUUUCUGUGUGGAGUCUCUUACAAGAAUAAGAAAUUCAGGCUUAGAGGGACAACCCAAGAUGUUAUGAAUAUGGGAAACCUGCUCAUUAAGAAAUUCGGGUUCCCAGUUGACUCCAUUCUCAUUUUAUCAGAAGAUGGUCCAUAUGAGCUUCCAACAAAAAGGAAUAUUCUUCGGGCAUUUGAGUGGCUGGUGAAAGGAUCGCAAAAGGGGGAUUCAUUUGUUUUCUGUUUCUCUGGACAUGGCUUCCGGCAACUUGAAUUUGAAGGGGACGAGAUGGAUGGUUUUGAUGAAGCAAUUUGUCCUCUGGAUUUUGAGUCUGAAGGUCUAAUACUUGAUAAUGAUAUCAAUGAAAUGAUUGUUAGGCCACUUGAGGAAGGUGUCAAACUUCAUGCUAUUAUAGAUUCUUGUCACAGUGGAACUAUUCUUGAUUUGCCGAAGGUUUUUGACAGACACAGGUUGAUAUGGAAUGAUAAUAGUCCUCCAUCAGGCAGUUAUAAAGGUACUAAGGGAGGAACAGCCAUCUGUUUUAGUGCUUGUGAAGAUCAUCAACAAGCAGCAGAUACCUCUGCAUUCUCUGCAGAGAAAACCAUGGCAGGUGCCAUGGCGCAUAACUUUGUAAAAGCAAUCACGGAUAUCCGGAAUGUAACGUAUUUGGGCAUACUUAACUUCAUGCACGAAGCGAUUGAAGAAGCCAACAACCAGUACCAAGGACAUUGUGUUGGUGGUGGCAUGCUAAGGAUGUUUCAUCGCAAGAUGUUACAGGAUCCACUGUUAUCAUCUUCGGAACCUUUUGAUGUGCACAGUGUAUUCAAGCUCUAG